AUCGAUAGUUAGAUUUCAUUUGUCGCGCUGCAGUUGACAUCGCCGACUUUUGUGUUGUUUUCAUUUCGCGACAUUUCAUUGGCCGAGCAAAGUGCAUUUAAUGCAAUAUCUGAGAAACGCAAGGUCGGUGCCCUGUCGUUGGCUACUCGCACGCAAUUUAUUACUUGUUGCUGCUGCUACUGCCGCUGUCACAAGUCACACGGCCUUUGCCACAACCACUUGCACAUCAGCUAGUAGCUCGUUCAUCCAAAAUCAAAAUAACAAAAUGAGCGACAAGGCGUGCGAUCCAGCUUACGUCGCCGGCACCAGCUCCGUGGCGUUUGUAACCACACCCGACAAAGAGUCGGCAAAGAAACUGGCGCACGGCAUCAUAGAACGUAAAUUGGCGGCCUGUGUGAAUAUUAUACCCCAAAUCGAGUCCAUCUACAUGUGGGAGGGCAAAGUAAACGAGGAUAACGAGUAUCUCAUGAUGAUAAAGACACGCACCGCCCGCAUCGAUGAGCUGAGCAAGUUUGUUCGCGAGAACCAUCCAUAUAGCGUGGCCGAAGUAAUUUCUCUGCCCAUACAGGCUGGAAAUCUACCAUAUCUGAAUUGGAUAACCCAAACGGUGCCGGAGAAAGUGGAGAGCAAAGACUAAUCUGUUAUAUAAAUGCAAAUUAAAUAAACGAUUAAAAUCAU